ACCCCGGAGAAGGUAUAUCAAGGAAAGGGAAAAAUUAAAAGUGGAUCCGAAGCGAGGGAAGAGAGCACUUUGUUCCGAUGAAUCGGAGGAAGAAAAUCCGUUCCCGAUCUACUCAGCUAGAUCUGAAUAUGACACGUCGGCGAUGGUAUCUGCGUUAACUCAAGUGAUAACGAGUGGGAGUGGGAGUGGCAGUGGGAGUAGCAGAAGCCUAUCAGUAGUAGAAGAACCUGCAGCAUCAGCGCGGGGAGAUAAUGAAGAAGGAGUGAAAAGGGAAAGCCGACAUUAUCGAGGAGUAAGGCAGAGACCGUGGGGAAAAUGGGCUGCUGAGAUUCGUGAUCCAAAAAAGGCAGCAAGAGUGUGGUUGGGCACCUUUGACACUGCCGAGGCUGCGGCACUUGCUUACGAUGAAGCUGCCCUCAGAUUUAAGGGCACAAAAGCCAAGCUUAACUUCCCUGAGAGACUUACCACCCCACCAUCAUACCCCUAUGCCCCCUAUCAUCAUCAGGAUGAUUACCAAAACCACCGCUUUUAGUUUAAUUUAAUUACUUAUUGUUAAUCUUGUUUUUAGUUCACUUACCUAGCUAGCUGCCACUAUAUAUCUUUAAUUACUUUUCACGUUCUAUAUAUAUUUUGAUUUUUCUCAGCAACUACUUAUAAAAUUAUGAUUAUAUAUGCACAUCCCAGUUGUAACAUUCACAUAA